CGCCGGCUGCCAGCGGGAGCGCGCGCCCAGCUGAAGGGAAGUCGAGUGGAAGCCAUUAGCCGGAUUUCGUUGAAGGGUUGGGGUUGAAGAUGGUGAAAAUUGGCUUUAGCUCGCCUGUCGUUCAAAAAAACGCCAAGGGAGCGUUACUGGUUCCCGAGCUGGAUCCGGAGUCUGCUGUAGCAAGCGGUGGUGAUAAUGCCACAGGAAGAUGUCUGUUUACACUUCUUGGACUGGCUUUCAUACUGUCUGGUUUAAUAAUUGGAGGAGCUUGUCUUUAUCGAUUCAUUGUUCCAAAGAACAAAGUAUUUCAUGGUGAAAUGCGAUACUUGGAUUCCAGUACUCAGCCACAUACUCUACAAACGGAAGCUCCCUACUUUCUUGCAUUUGAAGAUGCGCAGUUCUUGGGAAAUAAUGAAAAUGUGGCAGUAAUCAAUGUUCCAGUUCCAGAUUUUGAAGAUUAUGAUCCAGCAGUCAUCAUUCAUGAUUUUGAGUUGCUUUUGACUGCAUAUCUCGAUCUGAGUUUGGAUAACUGCUAUGUGAUUGCACUGAAUACAUCUAUUGUUAUGCCUCCACGUAACUUACUGGAGCUGUUCAUGAAACUUGCAACUGGUUCCUACUUGCCUCAGACCUACCUUGUUCAUGAAGAUUUGGUGGUAACUGAACGUAUUGAUAAUGUUGAUCAACUGGGUUAUUUCAUCCACCGGCUCUGUUCAGAGAAAAACACCUACAGACUGCAGCGUAAAGAAAUGGUGAAAGGAAUCCAGAAACGUUCAGCUGGAAACUGUCACCAGAUUAAACAUUUUGCAAAUAACUUUGUCACUGCUACUUUGAUCUGUGAACCAUGAGAAAUUAUUUUUUCCCCUGACUUUGGAUGCUUUACUCGUGGUGUUCUUGCCAUUAUUUGACAAUCAAAGGCCUUAUUGGCUGUGCUUUGCAAGUUGUAUUCUAGUGCAAAUACUGUUGCUUCCCUAAAGGCUUUUAAAAUGCAGCUUCUGUUUGCACUGUUUAUUUAACAACAAUUAUUCUUACAAAUUUUGCAAACAUAGUUUAUAUUCCUGAUGUAUUUGAUCUGCUCAGAGGAAUUUAAAUAAAAUAUUGGUGUUGGGUAAUGCAAAGUUAUCUUUUAUAGUAAUUGCUUUCUUUAAAGUACUUUUAAGAAUUAGUAUGUGCCAGCAUCGUGGGAUUGGAAUUUGUGCAACUACUGUAUUGAAAUUAUCAAUUUAUAAUGUAAAAAUUUGAACUGUGUGAAAUGCCCUGUUUCUGAUGUAUUAUUGAAUAGUUUGAUGUUCGCACAUUUGAUUAUCUGCUUACUUAAAAUGCAGGUCUAAAAUUGCUUUAAGUGCUCAACGGCUGUCACCAUUUCUUUAUCUUAACAAACGUAAGUUUAGUAUCUCCAUAAGCUCCAUCCUCUGAUUACAUCUGACCUGGUUAUAGUAUGGAAAUUUGUGGAAAAAUAAGCAAAUUUUGUAACAUUUUGAUAGUAUAUUUAGCAGGUUUAUUGAACCUAGGGGUUAUCUAAUGUUAUAGAUAUAUAAAUUACUAACCCUGUGGAGUAUUUAACUUUUACCUUCAUUAAAUGUCUACAAAGUUA